AUGCACGCUGUCACGGCCGCGCGGGAACAGCUCCUCGUCGCGCUCGACGGCCUCGAUGCCGUCAUGUGCGGAGCGGUUGGGAUCGGCCGCGGCGACUGUUCGCCGUCGCACGCCUACGCACAGGCGCACGCUGCGCAUUCCCUACAGGGGUAUAUGAUGGAGCAUGCGCAGGCGCACGCGCUUGAUUGCAGACAUCAUUGGGCAGAGGAGGCGGAUGGCGAGGCGGGGGCAGACACGCAUGGUGAGACGGCCAAGUGGUGUGAUCGGCGGUCCGGUCGGUCCGGUCGGUCCGGUAGGCCUCGGGCGGAUUGUCACACUCGUACUACGGAGCGCAACGUUCCCGCGCCAAGUCUGGCCGCACAUGACCUAGAGGACGAGCAAAAUCCACAUAAAGGUGACGAGCACCGCCCGCAUCAAGCGCACUCGUCCGCCACUCCUGCCGUACCUGUUACUCUUCCCGCAGCGGACGGCGAGUGCUGUUACGGCCUGUUCGACUGCUCCAACCCCCUGGGUCUUCCAGGAUCUGACGACGCCCCUGCUCCCCGAGAGUGUGGACCUUCGGGAGCAGGGUCUGAGCCCCGGCUGAACACGACAGGUACAGUGGACGAGGACGGCUGUUGUCUGGGAAUAUUCGAGUGUGGCGACAAAUAG